UGUCUUGUCACUGUCAACAGCACAGAAUCAUAGACUGACACAGGAUUUAAGGUUGUCGACAACAUAGAUUAACAUACAUUUAAUAAAAAAAACAUUAAGCUAAAGAACACGAGAGUACUACAGAUAUUUGUUUAUUGAAUUAAAAUUCAAGAAAAAUUUCUGAGAUUUGACUACUAGGACGAUACACUGUUAUUAUAGUUUGUGAAGAUAACUCAAAAGCAAAACGCCAGAGACACAUUUUUGUAUUCUUUUGGAUUGUGUAUAAGUUGAAUCGUAUUAUUUAACUAGGCUUGUAGCUCUGCUGAAAAUGUCGAAAAGUGAUCCAGGUCCACUGCCCAGUAGGUGGUUGAAUUGCCCGAGAAAGUGUACAUCUUUAAUAGCCCAAUCGUUUUUAGCCUUUAAAACACCAUUGGGCACAAAAUUCAAUGAAAAAGUGCCCGAAAAGUGUCGUUUUACGCCUAAAAUGAUUUUCGACUUCUCUAAAAGUAUUAAGAAAAAAAUAGGUUUAUGGAUUGAUCUCACAAAUACAAGCAGAUUUUACGAUAAAGGGGAGAUAGAGGAAAUGGACUGUAAAUAUAUGAAAAUACAAUGCAAAGGUCACGGAGAGGCACCGAGUGAAGACCAAAUAAGGGUCUUCAUACACACUGUCAAGAACUUUAUGAAGAAAAAACCUCUUGAGCUCAUAGCUGUUCACUGCACACAUGGAUUUAACAGAACCGGUUUCUUGAUUGUGUCUUUCAUGGUUCAAGAAAUGGACUGUAGUAUUGAAGCUGCCUUAAAAGAGUUUAAUACAAAAAGACCUCCAGGAAUAUACAAGCAAGAUUACCUCACUGAAUUGUUCAAACUAUAUGGAGAUGUUGAAGAUACUCCAAUGGCUCCUGCAAGACCUGACUGGUGCAAUGAAAUAGAAGAAGAAGAAUCUGAUGAUGACAACCCGAGUGCUACACAGGAUACAUCAGAAUGUAGCGACAGGAAACAGAAGAAAGGUAAACACAAUAACAUUAUAAAGAAGGACUUUAUGCCCGGCGUUAAGAAUGUUGUUCCAUUUGAGAUUCAACCUCGAGUGAGUGAGAUACAAAAGAAAGCACAGAAGUUCUGCCACUGGAAGAGCAAAGGCUUCCCCGGCUCGCAGCCCGUGUCGAUGAACAUGAACAACCUGUCGCUACUCAAGAAGCCGUACAGGGUCUCAUGGAAAGCAGACGGCUUCAGAUAUAUGAUGUUAAUAGACGGCGAAGACGAAGUGUACUUUUUGGACAGAGACAACUACGUAUUCAAAGUUCACGGCCUCAAGUUUCUACAUAAAUCCGAUCUGACGCAUCACCUCAAGGACACUCUGCUCGAUGGUGAGAUGGUCAUAGACAAGCAGAACGGCAUUGAAACGCCGAGGUACUUGUGUUAUGACAUCAUAGCCUUCGAGAACGAAGACAUCGGAAAAGCUGAAUUCUACCCGACAAGACUGAACUACAUAAGUGAAGAAAUCAUCAAUCCCAGGAUACGGGCAAUGACCAAAGGCUUAAUAAGGAGAGAGAAGGAGCCAUUCGGUGUGAGACGAAAAGAGUUUUGGGACAUCACGAUGUCGAGGCAACUACUCGGCGAGAAGUUCGCCAGGCAACUCCUCCACGAACCAGACGGGCUCAUAUUUCAGCCCUCUCUUGAGCCGUACAUCGCUGGCACCUGCGACAAAGUGCUGAAAUGGAAACCCGGUCACAUGAACAGUUUAGAUUUUCUGCUCAAAAUCGACACUGAAAGCGGAGUGGGUAUCGUUAGGAAAAAAAUUGGACUAUUGUACGUUGGACAGUGCUCGAACCCAUGGGACACAAUAAAGCUGACGAAAGAAUUAAAAAAUUAUGACAACAAGAUAAUAGAAUGUAAGUUCGAGAAUAAUCAGUGGGUGUUCAUGCGAGAGCGGACGGACAAGUCCUUCCCCAACAGCCAGAACACGGCCAUGGCCGUUUGGGAAUCGAUCAAGAACCCCGUCACUAAAGAGAUUCUGCUGCAUUACAUCGACAAAAAGAGAUUCAUUAAUGACGGAUCCGAAUCCGGUGCGCCGCCCAGCAAAAUGGCUCGCACCAUGUCCGAUCAAUAGAAGCGCUGAUCGCAUUAACGAACACCAACUAUAGUAGAGUUAUUUGUCCGUGGAGUUUGGGUCAUAAAAAAUCGGAGCGGUGAAGCGAGUAUUUCGCUCUCUCUUUCACUCACGAGCCUUAUGGACGGGCAUAGUGAUGCGCAUUAUUGUUGUCGAUAGUGUAUUUAGUUUUGUCAUUUUGUGGGUUAGUAAUAAAAAUGAAAGAAAAAACACUAAUCGAACACUUACACAAGAUAUCGCCGCAGCAAGUUAACGAGAAUGGCAGAAAUGAACACUUUGUAACUUUUCGAGAUCUAUUCUUAUUUCAAUGAAAAAUUUUAACACAUUGUUGAUAACAACACGUGCAAAUAUUAUUUUGAAUAAAUUCUGCCGUUUUGAUACAAAACAAAGGUGUAGCCACUGUGUCACUAAAGAAAUUCAGAGAACGAAUGCAUAAAACACAUUACUCUUCGACAUAAUGUACUAUAAUUUGCAGGUAAGUACAAAUGACUCAUAACAUAACAAUAUCUCACCACCCUUCGUAUACCACCCCACCGCCGUGUACCUGCCUUCGAUAACUCAUUCGUUUUUAUUGAUAACGACGUUGCGCCCGCGCAACAUGGUCGCCGCCCUAGCCGGGCUAUGUUUUAUGACCCAAACUGCACGGACAAAAUAAUUAUACUAUAACCAACCGCUUCUAGUUUUGUUUCGCUACAUAAAUGAAACUACAUUUUGUAAAUAGCUGUAAAAAAAGAAAAAACCGAUUCACUAAAACGAUUAAGUGGUAAAUGUUAUAAAUAAAAAGUUUGGGAGUUAAUGUCUAUGGUCUAUAAUCUAGACUCUAAUGGCCUACACUAGAUUUAAAGUCAUCGUUCUCGGACUCGAUAAGGGAAUUAUUCCGUAUUCAAAUAAUUAAGGUGAUUGACAAGUUCACGGCCUACCGAGUGUUGAGUGGUUACUGGAGCUUAUAGACAUCACUACGUGAGCGCCAUCGGCCACCUUGAGAUAUGAGGUCUGAGUCUCAAUGGUGUAGUAUAACGGCUGUCCGACCAUUUUAACCAGAACAGCAGGGCGGUGAUACCUGCCUAUGCGGGCCAACAAGACAUCCUACCAUCAGUAACUACGGAAAUUAUAUUUUUUGCAAGUUUUAUUUUAAAGAUUUUAUUCUUUCAUUGCGGAAGACGUUCGCGAACAUGAAUUAUAUAUGGUAUUUCAGUGGAAAUAUUGAAAAAUUUGUCAAUGGGAUUUGACCACCCGCUGGAUACUAUAAGACUCUGCGUCUUUUGCUUUAGGUCAGGACUAAUUUCAAACAUUUUAUUAAUUCAUAUUUUGUGGACCAGCAAUGUAUAUUAAAGUUUUCGGAGGCAUGACCAACGCACUUUCUAAAUGUUUUCCAUUGCGUGCAGUACAAAAUAACUUUAUAAGUUAAAAAAAAUAGUGGACUUAGUUGUAUCUUUUAUCUUAGGUUUAUCUUUUAUAUUUUUGUUCAUAAUGCUACAAUGGGUCAUUGAAGAGUCAGUUAAAGUAGAAUUAAUAUCGAUUUUGAGAUAUUUCAGAAGUGUCUUCUGACUUAAUACUUUUGGUAUUACCAUUUUAUGUUUACCUCAGUGCGUACAUAAUGUAUAAUAAUGUGAUUAUGUAUUAAAGUUAAUGAUGCUAUUUAUUUAACCGUGCUAUAAAUAUAAUAUUAAUCGCUUCAGUUCGGUUUGUCGCUUUAAUGCUUCGUUGUCCAUAGUGAUUUAAAUAAGAUAUUCAUGGUUGUAAUUGCGAUUCAAAAAAAUCAUUUAUCGUUACAAUAACAUAGUCGGAAAUCUGUGUGAAACACAGUUAUUUGAAUUCACUACGUUAAAAUCACAACGAUUACGACGAACUUCGUCACUCCUAAUUAAUCGGUGAUCUUUUAAAUAAUCAUAAAUUGUUUUGUUUGUGAAAAAAUAAAAUUGUUUCCUUUUUAGUGUAGCUAACUAACUUUACUAAAUGUAAUGAAUAAUGAGUGAAAAAUGUUAUUAAAUGAUUAGAAACAAGGUUAUGUGAACGAAACAAAAUUAUAAAUAUAAUUUUCAUUUAUUAUAAAAUAGUAUAAAUAAAAAAUAAAAUAAAAUAGC